UUAUUUUGUUUAUUCGUUCAAUCCUUCACGAAUCCGAAUUUAUUUAGCCUUCGCAUUCGAAUUUGGGGCCAUUUUAGAGAGAGAAACACAUAAUUUCUGUGUUCCUGGUUAAUUUCCUGCCGUUUUAGAGAGAGAAACACAUAAUCUCUGUGUUCCUGGUUAAUUCCCUGCCGGUUAAGAGAGAGAAACAUCUAAUCUAUGUGUUCCUGGUUCAAAAUUACAGCUGCUGUUAUUUUCAUGUUCUGAAUUCGACCAUGUUUUCUUAUGAUGUAUCUGUCAACUAUCUUAUGAUAUAUCUGCCAAAUCAAUUACGAUUUGUUUGAUUAAUCUCAUGUUUAAAUUGAAUAAUCAGGAACACAGCAAAACGUUGCUAGAAAAACGCAUCUCCGGAUUCCAAGAAGCUUUUCAGACUCUGAAAUCGAAAAUCAAAAUGAAAAUGAAAAUGGCUAACUGUGUUAUCCCAUCAACCGUAUUACCACCACCAUCGAUUUCAUCAAUCCCAAUCCCAAUCGAUAUCCUCCACAAUCAGAACCUCCUACACCUCUGGCCUCAACUCGAGCAACAGAUUCUUGAAAUGCCCAACUGGUUGUACCUUUUUGCGUGUCUGUUCGAGAAUAGUGUCCAACCAUUGAGGGCAUGUUCGGCUAACAGAGAACGACUUAGAGCUGAUGUCGUACGAGCAAUUGUUUACUACAAUGCAUCCGAAGAACAAGUGAGGGCCCACGUCGUUCCUCGUCUCGAACUAGCUUUGUAUUUCCUCGAACAAGUUACCGCUUAUGCUGACCAAGUCAGCUGUUUCGCCGAUCAAAUUUCGGAUCGUGUUAGGUCUUACGAAGAAAAACUUAGGGCUCAUGUCAUGGAGGAAGCGGGUAGUAUUGAAUGGUAUCUGAAGCAAAUCGAGGAGUUGUUUGCAACUGUGAAAAUGAUCGCAGAUAGCUCUGCUGCCACUUCAUCCAAGAUUUGUGAUAUUGGGAUGGUAACGGUCCAGAAGUUUGUGCAGCUGAUUGGUCAAGUGCAGCAGCGAGGAGCAGCAGAUCGCAGCCCUGAUUACCCCGUUGUGGAAGGAGUUGACCAAACGUUCGAGUCAACUCUCGGUCGUGUGAUUCAGCUGAUGGCGUUGAGUCGUCUCUAAAGGGAAGUAUUCUUAUCUCUGUUUUUUGAACUUGUGAAAUCUGAUGCUCACCACUUCCCAAUGUUGGAGACAUGUGUUGCUAGUUUCUUUCUUGAACUGAAUUAGUAAUUGCAAAAACAUACGUGGGGGUGGUUUCGUAAUUUCGGUUGCAUUUGGGUUCGAUGAUUUUGAUUCGUAUAUUGCUAGUUUAUUUACUGAGCUGAAUUAGUAACUGCAGAAACAUACGUGGGGUGGUUUCGUAAUUUUGGUUGCAUUUCGAUUCGACGAUUUUGAUUCGAAGUCUAUUUUUUCUAACAGACUUUGUUAUGUAGAUAAUCAGUGUUCAAUGAAAAACAAUCCUUUU